UCUGUGUUCCCUCUCUUUUUAAGUUGCAAGAAAUACGGACUUCUUCGUAUGAUCUGUAUACAGUAGAAUACAAAUAUUUAAUGAACACGUCCCAUUGGUCGAUUGUUCAAGAGUACCGUUUGCCUCGUGAUGCUUUUAAAAGCUUCCAGUCUUCACGCAAAUUUUCCGUAAUAUACAUCGAGAUCUGCAAUUGAAAAAUAGAAUUUUCUCAAGAGCAUACGCCUCUUACUUGGACACGAGCGUAUUUGAUCUAUCGCGCACAUUUUGAUGCCCCGGCUUAUAUAUAGGCUAUAAACAAGUAGAAAGAUAAAAGAUUAUGACUAGCGGACGUACAAUUAAUCGCACGAUAGAACUUUUGCUUACCGCAUUUGGUGUCUGGCCAGGUAUAUCAUGCGUUUUAUUGUACAGAGUGUUUUGGAUGAUUACGCUAGUGAUCAAUCAAUUCUUCCACUAUCGGUAUUUUAUAACACAUUUUCAUGUCAACAAUCUUUUCAACUUGAUGGACUGUUUGAGUAGCUUUUUGGCACACGUAAAGUUGACCUUUAAAAUCAUUAUCUUCUCGUUAAAACAAAGAGAAUUCAUUGGAAUUUUGACAACUAUGUCGGAAGACUGGAGCUGUUGCGGUGACAAUGGUAUUGUGUUGCACGAAACGAAACGUAAAGCAAAACUAUCGAGCCGUAUUUGUAAUGGGUUAAUUAUUCUUCAUACAAUUGCCGCGUUCGCAUACGUUAUUGGUAUCCUCCUGGCCGAUGCCGACAUCACCGAUCGAACGACCGAGCUGCCCCUUAUAAUGAAAAUGGAAUAUCCCUUCGUUAUAGACACGUUACGCAAGUACAGACUGGUGUUAACUACGCAAUUCAUGUUCGUGCUGGCGUGCAGUUUGGGGGCUGGUUUAUUCAACGCCCUGUUUCUAACUCUGACUCUACAUAUAGGUGGUCAAAUAAAUAUCUUGCUUCGUUGGUUGACGGAAGUUAGAUCAAUAGAGAUCGGAAGAAUGACGAAAAUCAUUCAAAAACAUCAAAAAAUUAUCAGCUUCUCGGAAAAGAUUGAGAAUCUUUAUUCGUACAUUACUUUACUACAAUUUACAUCUAAUACGGUGAUGAUUUGCUCGUUAGCGUUUCUCAUCGUAACCGCAAUCGGUAGUCCUGAUGCUACCGAGCAGAUAAUGAGAUCUCUUUUAUUUUACGCUGUAACAAAUCUUGAAGCGUUUAUAUUCUGUUUUGCCGGAGAAUAUUUGAGCAAUAAGAGCACUGCGAUCGGAAACGCGGCUUACAAUUCUGGUUGGUACGAUAUGAAGACCGCAGACAGUCGCAUUUUAUUGCUUAUAAUUUUGAGAUCACAGAGAAAAUUGAAGUUUACGGCUGGCAAAAUGACAGAUCUUUCUUUAGAAUGCUUUACUAAUAUCAUGAAAGCUUCGGGAUCCUAUUUGUCAGUACUACUGGCGAUGAAAUUCUUCCCUGUGAAACAAGCAAGGAAAAGACUUAUGACGCAUAAAAGUACAAUUAAUCGCACGUUAAAAUUAAUGCUCACUUUGUGUGGCAUAUGGCCGGGUACGUCGUGCGUUAUAAUCUGCAGAGCAUAUUGGAUCAUCGCAUUAGCGACAGAUAAUAUCUGCCAUUACCGGUAUCUUCUAAUGCAUUUGCACUCGAGCGAUCUCUUCGACUUGAUGGAUUGUUUCAGUAGCUUCCUGACACAAGUGAAGUUUAUGACUAAAUUGAUCAUAUUUUGGCUGAAUGAACGAAAAUUCGCCGAGAUUCUGACGAUAAUGAAGGAAGAUUGGAACGAUUGCUGCAGCAGCGACAUUAAUAUGCGCGAAACAAUGUGCAAGGCUAAAUUAGCAGGUCGUAUCACUAAUGCGAUGUUUACACUUCAUACGUUAACGAUCGUUGGGUAUAGCAUCGGCAUUUUCUUAGCCGACGUUGAUGUCACCGAUCAUCAGUCCGAACUACCUUUGCUCUUAAAGGUGACGCUUCCUAUCGACAUAAAGACGAAGCGCAGGUAUAAAAUACUGUUAUCUGCACAAUUUAUCCAUCUCAUCCUGUCCGGCUGUGGAACUGGUUUAUUAAAUGCUCUGCUUUUAACUUUGAUUCUGCACAUAGGCGGCCAAAUGGACAUUCUGCGCUGCUGGUUGAAUGAGAUUGUAAUUAAAAAAAACAAAGAAAGAGGCGAAUCUAUCGUCACGAUGAAUAAAAUCAUUCGAAAGCAUCAGAAAAUCAUUAACUUCGCAGAAUACAUCGAGAAUAUGUACACAUAUAUUGCGUUGUUGCAAUUCACAUUAAACACUGUGCUAAUUUGUUCAUUAGGGUUCCUCAUCGUAACCGCGAUUGGUAGUCCCGAUGCGACAGAACAGAUAGUCAGAACUCUUUUAUUUUAUACUGUGACAAAUCUCGAAGCGUUUAUAUUUUGCUUUGCAGGAGAAUAUCUGAAAAACAAGAGUAAAGCUAUUGGAAAUGCAGCGUAUUAUUCUGCAUGGUAUGAAAUGAAACCUGAAAAUAGUCGUAAUUUGAUAUUCGUCAUAUUAAGGGCGCAGAAGCAAUUGACGCUUACGGUUGGAAAAAUAAUGGAUCUCUCUUUAGAAUCAUUUACAGAUAUCAUGAAAGCUUCAGGAUCAUAUUUGUCAGUAUUGCUAGCCAUGCAAUAA